AUGAAGAGAACUUGCCUCGAUGAAAACGCUGUUUACGCGGUUGGCGGAUACGAUGGUCACAGUAGACAUUGUUUGAAUACGGUAGAAGUUUUUGAUCUGCGAGCAAAUCGUUGGCGUGCUGGGAAACCAUUACGCGAGGUUCGAUCUGGAGCUGCAGGAGCAACUAUGAGAGAUACCGUUGAGAUCUAUAAUCCUGGGGUAGAUGAUGAUUGGGCAUUGAUUCCAAACAUGAGCGCGCCAAGACGAAAUGUGGGUCUACUUUUUGUGAAUAGCUCUUUAAUGGUUUUCGGUGGUGAUGAGGGAGAUUCUCAUUUAUUGGAUUCGAUUGAAACAUUGACAAUGGAUAUGGGUAGAGGACAACGGGCAGAGUUUGUCGGAAGAUGGCAAGUAAUAGAGUCAACACUUCCGCAACCUCGAUCAUACAGUGGAUUAGUGCUUGUCGAUAAGCCG